UAACGAAGGAAAGGGAAAACUCGAAGGAGCGAAAGCUAGGGUUUCAACCACAAUCAACAAAAAAAUUCCAAAUCAACACCGCAGUUUGGAUCCUCUUCGCAGCCCUCACUUCCAUCGUCGCCAGCAAUUAGAUAUCCAUAGCUAGCUAGCUAUCAGGUAGGAAUUUAGAACAGAAUUUCUGGAAAUGGAUUACGGUGUGCCGGAGCAAAACGCUGCUGCGUACGGCGAGGAUGAGCCGCAGUAUGAAGGGCAGUAUGAAGCAGACGAGGGAAACUACAAUUCAGUUGAUAACGUAGAUGGUAGUUCAGGCUUAAAGCACGAUUCUUCUUCGUCUGCAGGAAAACUUUUCGUCGGAGGCAUUGCUUGGGAGACUUCAGAAGAGUCGUUCUGCAGGUACUUCAGGAAGUAUGGUGAAAUUACAGAUUCUGUCAUUAUGAUGGAUAAAAUCACUGGAAGACCACGAGGUUUUGGAUUCAUAACAUUUGCCGAUCCUGAAGUUGCUGAUAGGGUUCUACAUGAAGAACAUGUCAUAGAUGGCAGAACGGUAGAAGUGAAGAGAACAGUUCCCAGAGAGGAGGGUAGGGGAGGAGUGGCAAAGACAAAGAAAAUCUUUGUGGGUGGUCUUCCAUUAUCACUAAAUGAAGAUGAUCUGAGGCAGUAUUUCUCUUCAUAUGGAAACAUCGCGGACCUCCAAAUUAUGCUCGAUCACACAACUGGUCGAUCGAGGGGCUUUGGGUUUGUAACUUUUGAGACUGAAGAUGCUGUUGACAAGAUAUUCUCUGACGGUCACAUGCAUGAAAUUGGUGGAAAGCAUGUUGAGAUAAAGAGGGCCGAGCCUAAGAGAUCUGGCUUUGACAAUUCAUUCGACAAUCGCCUUCACCGUGGGGGAAACACUUCGAAAUACUCUGGCAAUUUUGCUCGCGGCCCCGAAAGCUUUGGCGGUGGAUAUGGCGGCAAGACGGGCAGAGGCUAUGGCAGUGGUUAUGGCAGUUAUGGUAAUUACGGUGGUUAUGGCAACUUUGCCGGAGAUUAUCCCGGUGGAGCCGCCGGAUUUUAUGGCGGCGGGUAUGGCGGUGGGUAUGGAUAUGGAUAUGGAUAUGGUGGUGGGCCGAUGUAUGGUGGUGGUGGUGGUGGUGGUUAUGGAGGUGGUGGGUUUGCGGGCCCCACUGGCUAUGGUGGUGCAGCUGCUGGUUAUGGUGUAGGUGGUAAAGGGUUUGGUGGGCCUGGUGGUGGAUAUGAUGGCGGGAGAGGGUUCGGAGCCGGUGCCGGAGGUCCUGCCGGAGGCUAUGGUCCGGCAAGAGGGUAUGGUGGUGGUUUUGCUGGAGGUUAUGGCGAUGGAUAUUCCGGUAAAGGGUAUGGGAAUGGUAAUGGGGCAAACGGCAGGUUUCAUCCAUACCGGAAGUGAAAUUUUAUUGUUUGAUGUGGACCUGUAGACAUUUUAGGAGUUUGUUGUUUUUAUUGUGAUUGAGAAGAAAAAGAUUGCCUUUCUUGACUAUUUUGGGUAUUUUAUAUUUUAACUGUGAUGUGUAGCCACUUAUAGGUGGCUGUGAGACUUUUGACAGUGGGUGCAGAUUGAACUGGAACUCGGCUAUUGGGAUGUUUUAUGAUAAUAUGAUGCUUAACAUCUUUUGAUAUGUUGUGGCUUGUGGUGUUUUGAUCUGUCUUUGAGAAGGGUAUUAUGAUCUGUCUUUAAGAAAUUUGCUCUUUGUGAAGUUUGAUUGGUGUGCUGUACCCAUUUGUAUUAGGCAUCUU